AACAUGUUUUGUCUGAUGAAAUCUCGGAGUUUAUCAGACACCAGCGGGGCUAUGGGGAUCAGACAUGGGACACGUAUCCAACAUCAAUCCAAACCAAUCUCUAAAAUAUACUUUUUUAUUCUGCUGCUGCUCAUUUUCACACCGAGAGUGGAUUCAUCGUGGUGGUACAUCGGAGCGCUGGGUGCUCGGGUGAUCUGUGACAACAUUCCCGGCCUGGUGAACAAGCAGCGGCAGCUGUGCCAGCGGCACCCGGACCUGAUGCAGUCCAUCGGUGAGGGAGCCAAAGAGUGGAUCAAAGAGUGCCAGCACCAGUUCAGACACCACCGCUGGAACUGCAGCACGCUGGACCGGGACCACACUGUGUUUGGCAGGGUGAUGCUGCGAAGCAGCCGCGAGGCAGCGUUUGUGUACGCCAUUUCUUCAGCAGGAGUGGUCUACGCCAUCACCAGGGCCUGCAGCCAGGGGGAGCUAAAGAUCUGCAACUGCGAUGGCCAAAAGAGAGGGCGAGCUAGCGAUGACAGGGGUGCUUUUGACUGGGGUGGAUGCAGCGACAACAUCAACUAUGGCAUCAAAUUUGCCAAGGCAUUUGUAGAUGCUCGAGAGAGGAUGGUUAAAGAUGCUCGUGCUCUGAUGAACCUGCACAACAACCGGUGCGGUCGGAUGGCAGUGAAGCGCUUUAUGAAGCUGGAGUGCAAGUGUCACGGGGUCAGCGGCUCCUGUUCUCUGAGGACCUGCUGGCUAGCAAUGUCAGACUUCAGGCGAACCGGGGACUACCUUCGCAAGAAGUACAACACAGCCAUUGAGGUGACCAUGAACCAGGACGGGACAGGCUUUAUGGUGGCUGACAAGGACUUCAAAGGAAGCACCAAGAAUGAGUUAGUUUAUGUCGAGAACUCUCCAGAUUACUGUCUCACGGACCGCGCAGCAGGCUCCUUGGGAACAGCAGGCAGAGUGUGCAACAAGUCCUCAAGAGGCACGGACGGCUGCGAGGUCAUGUGCUGUGGGAGGGGUUACGACACCAUGCGUGUCAAACGUGUCACCAAGUGCGAGUGCAAGUUCAAGUGGUGCUGUGCUGUGGAGUGCAAAGACUGCGAGGAUGUGGUGGACGUUCACACCUGCAAGCCCCACAAGCGACCUGAUUGGCUGGACAUAACUUAA